AUGGACUUUUUCAAGCUUAGCAGCGAGGCCCGCGAAGCUUUGGGACUGCGUACAAGCAGCGUGCAAGCAGGUGGAAGGGAGGAGAAACGAAUAGCCUGCAGAGCUACGACGUCCGCGUGCUCUGACUGCAAGGAGAACGAUGAACUCCUGACCUCAGCGAUUGUUGAAAAGAUGGAGAUGGCGCAUCUUGCAGAGCAUGACUUUGAGGUGGAGAGCCCAUCUUCGACCAACCCAGGCGCUCUCUUCCGCAGGUUGCAGGUGCCGCCUGAGUUUGACGGCGCGCAGACGAAGGUCCUUCAGGCAGUGAGCGGCAACUACUCGCCGUCAUCGGCACGAGAGAAGCACGACCAGCAGCGCUGCCUCAAGGUCUGCGUGCAAUCCUUCACCCGAGCCUUGCUUCAGGGCAUCAAUGUUUGCGUGCUUCUAGAUGAUAACCGAACCCGCCUGGCGGAAGCCCGCCUGGAUUCGGACAUAACCCACCUGGUCCUGCACGUUCCACAUGCGCAGCAUCCGGUGGCUCUGAAGUAUAUAGAUGGUAUCUGUCCCCCCACGCCAACGUGGCCAACACCAAGCUUCGGAGAGGAUGGCUGCUUGCAAUCGCGGGCAACGCUGACGAUGAGGGGAGGGCAGUUUCUGACCUUUGUCUUCGACAGCCCCAGGGUCAGGGAGUACUUCGAAAUGUGCCUCAAGGUCCUCAUCAUCGCCAAAGGCGGAGAAAGGACUCCAGAGGACUUCAUGCUGAAUCAUGCUGAGCAGACGAACAUCGUGGCAGUCUCCUCCCAAAUUGGAAAUGCCUCUCAAUUUUAG